AUGGCCUCACCUCCAUAUACGGUCCUCGUGACCGGCUCCUCGGGCCACCUCGGCGCAGCCUUGAUGCUGUCCCUGCCGUCUCUCGGCUACCACCCGCUGGGAAUCGACAUACUCCCGUCAGCGACGACAACAAUCACAGAUACAAUCACCAACCGCGACCUAAUCUCAUCAAUCCUCUCCUCGAACCCGUCAAUCACACACAUAAUCCACGCGGCAACCCUCCACAAGCCUCACGUAGCCUCGCACCCGAAAUCAGCCUUCGUCGACACAAACAUCACAGGGACCCUCGUCCUGCUUGAAGAAGCAGCCAAGUUCGUGCCGCGCAUACAAUCCUUCAUCUUCAUCUCCACGACAUCAACCUUCGGCAAGGCACUAUCCCCGAAGCAAGGCCAGCCAGCAGCCUGGAUCGACGAGUCCGUGACGCCGAUACCGAAGAACAUUUACGGCGUCACCAAGUGCGCCGCAGAAGACCUCUGCGGGCUCAUCGCGCACCAGACCGCUCUGCCCGUCCUCGUCCUCCGCACGAGCCGUUUCUUCCCGGAGGCAGACGACGACGAGGACCGCAGGAACGCGCUGUCGGACGCCAAUCUUAAGGUGUGCGAAUUAGCAUACCGGCGCGCCGACAUCUCCGACAUUGUCUCCGCCAUCGUCUGCGGAAUGCAGAAGGCGGCUGAGAUCAAGUGGGGCAAGUACAUCAUCUCGGCGCCGCCGCCUUUCCGACGGGACGACCCCGAGACGCUCGCACGGCUGGACACGGACGCCGGUGCGGUAUUCCGCGAGGCGGUGCCGCAGUGCGCCGCCGUGUUUGAGAAGCUCGGAUGGUCGUUCCUGGGCAGGUUGGACCGGGUAUACGAUUCUUCCAAGGCGGUGAGGGAACUCGGAUGGAAGCCUGAGUGGACCAUUGAGAAAGUCGUCGAGAAGCUGGCAAGGGGGGAGGAUUGGAGGAGCGAGUUGACGCACUUGGUGGGGAAGAAGGGCUACCACGCUGUGCCGACGGGGGUCUAUACCACAUGA